UUACUUGGUUCAGUUCCGUGCCACUGUUGCUUGAAGCCAAGGCACCGGUUGGCCACCUGGUGGGCUUGCUGGCCCUACAGCUCUUGCGGGGGCAGGCUGGAAAUGAUAUGCUGGAAGUGGCCGCAUGGCAUGGCAUAACAAAAUCUAAUGAAUGUUAAUGUAGACUCUUGAUUAAUAAAGCCUCCCCAUUUGGAUGCACGGACUUGCGGUUCGACGCGCCCACAACCGCCCCUUGUCACCUAAUGUGACAGGUACAGGUGUGUUUGGCAUGUACACUGUGGGACAAUGGCAAUUGCAAAAGGCUCCACAGUGUGGACACUGAAUUGGAUCCCUUCUGAGAUGACUGAGAAGAAAGUAAUUAAGUGAGAUCCUACCCAUUCAAGACUAAACGAACUGCUACCAGACGGCCGCUAUGGGAAGCUUACAAAGAGAAAGUCUGUACACCUCAGCGUCGCGCAGCGAUCGGGUCGUAUGCAGUGAAGGAAAAAGACGAGAAGGCAGGAUCACCAACUCAUGAGAACUCGCCACUGCGCUUUUCACUAUGACAAAAUUUGAAAUAUCAAAGUGACGAGUCAUUGGCUCAGGCCGAUGUCGAUAUGUAAGUGCCUUUUGGCCACAUGGGACUUCAAAAGAGUCUUCAAACAAAUUCGCCAUCAAGCACGACUUUCUGAGCGCAAUUUUCGGUAAAAAUGCCCGAGUUGGGAACCUCCGUAGGCCCUUUGAGAGUCUAGUGGGUCUAUUUCCAAGCCCAACACCUCGACAAAGCAAAAAGGAACUCCAAGAGAAGUUCCUUGAGGAAACAUGCCUUGCUCAUCUCUUGACAGGCUUCUGGAAACUUGGCGGGUGUCAUCACUAAAUGAGUCGAACACAUUCCAAGGUUGGUCUUUGCUAUGAUCAUCUCAUGGCUGUGGCAUAUCGACGGAUUGUGUCAUGGCUCAGUUCGCACUCCCCAAAAGGGAAGUGACAGACAUGGCAUGAAGGCCUGAGCCACAAUGCCCUCCCCAUUUGGAUUGCAGCACCUCUCAAUGUGGGGGGUGAAACAUAAUCAAAAGCCUACAUGACUGGUCGAGAGGCAGCUUACCUCACCCAUCAGGUCUUGGAAGUGGCCUGUGCUUGGGGAUGCCACUGAACCCGCCGAACCACCAGAACGGUCCUCUCCAGGGAGGAGACCCGACGACCUUUGCAAACCCCAGCGGGGACCCAACCCUGCACCAAGCUUUCCACUAUGCUGACAUUGCUGCGUACCUCCUCCAAAAACCAGAGCCAAGAUCUCCUAUGGAGUGCCGUGAGCAAUGCAAACAAAACGAGGGCUGCGCAGCCUGGGAGGUCUGUGCUCCUUUGGGGGAUGGCUGUGAUGGCUGCUACCUGAUCUCCCGUGCGCCCCGGCGCUGGGAUCAGCGCGAGGGGUGGCACGCAGAGAUUCUCCCAGGCCGGGAAGAGCUUGGAUGGAGCAACAACGACACUACUGGUCUCGACAACUUGACUGUCGAGAGCUGCAGGGAAUUCUUGCUCAGCGCCAAUGGAGCCGAUCAAAGCGUACCGUUUCACGAGCCCGCUGUCAUGCAAAAGUACUCCGCGUGCGGCUCCAUUGUGUGGGAUGCGGAGGGCCCUCGUGGCCUUCACGUGGUUGGACAGCACUGGCCCACCUUCUUGGUGACCAACUUCUGGGAUCCACCCAUAGCGCUUCCGAAGGAAGUUGAGCAAGAGAUGCUAGCCUCUAGCCCGCGACAGCAGCGGCCAGCGACACACCUAGCGGCGGCUGCUUUGGAAGCACUCCAACGACCAGGCGUGACGGAGCAACUGCACGGAACCAUUGGUUCCGGCUCAUGGGAGGAACACCGCCGAAGCAAGGCACGUGGGCCUCACGCAUUUGUUCUGCCCUUCUAUGACACAAACAUCGGGCACUGGAUGAAACAGCACGGUUCUAUGAAUCCUCUGCAGUCGUAUGAAAUGCAAUCAAUCCUACAGCCUGGAGAUGUGGUUCUUGACGUUGGCGCCAACUUGGGAUGCUACACCUUGCCCUUUGCCGAGCGAGUUGGUGCAGCUGGAAAGGUCAUUGCCGUGGAACCUUUCCGGUGGCUGCGGCAAAUCGUCGCGGCCAAUGUGGCCAUCAAUGGGCUCAGCAACGUUUGGCUGCCGCCGGUCGGGCUCGGCGCAGAGCGCGCGAGUUUCGAGGCCCGACCGCCCCAGUUUCGCUUCUUUUCUUCGCCCGGUGGUGUGAAGCUUCGCCAGCAGCAGCAAGACAUGAAGGUUGAGGAAGCCAUGCAGAUGUACGACUGGGAUAUGCCACCAGAAAGGGUCACCGUUCUGACUUUGGAUGAACUGCUUGGAUUAGUUCCUGGAGCUGAGCUGCUGGGCCUCCCCCCCCAUUGAUGGUUUGCGAUUGAUUAAGAUAGAUGUGGAGGGCAUGGAGAAGGAGGUCAUUGCUGGUGGUAAGAACGUCAUUCAAAUGUUCAAGCCAAUCAUUUGGUCGGAGAAUGUUGCAUACUUCUCGUCAAAAGGUGAAGAUGUGUCUUUCCUCCAGCUUAUGGACCAAUUGGAAUACAAUUGCGCCGGUGCACAGAACGCUCCAAAUGACAUCAUUUGCACAGACAGGCAUGGCCGCGGUCAUCAAAUAGGUUGACCGUUUGACCAAUGUAGUGCGUGAGUCCAAUGGCCCAAGCUAUCGAGCGCACUAGCGGACCGAGAA